AACAAAUCGGAGCCCUGGCUGGGCAGCACAUCGUACACGUUGCCUGCGGAGAGUCUCACAGCGUCGCGCUCAGUGACCAGGGCCAGCUCUUCUCCUGGGGUGCUGGCAGCGAUGGACAGUUGGGCCUCACCACUAUAGAAGAUGCAGUGACCGUGCCAAGGUUGAUAAAGAAAUUGAACCAACAGACAAUACUGCAGGUUUCCUGUGGAAAUUGGCAUUGCCUGGCUUUAGCAGCAGAUGGCCAAUUCUUCACAUGGGGACAGAACAGCUAUGGUCAGCUGGGCUUGGGUAAAGAGUGUCCUUCCCAAGCCAGUCCACAACGUGUCAAGUCUCUCGAUGGGAUCCCUUUGGCUCAGGUUGCUGCAGGCGGAGCCCACAGCUUUGCCCUCUCUCUCUCAGGAGCUGUGUUUGGCUGGGGGAAGAACAGCUCAGGACAGCUGGGACUAAGUGAUGAACGAGACCGAGAAUCCCCUUGUCAUGUGAAGCUGUUGCGGUCUCAGAAGGUUGUUUACAUCAGCUGUGGAGAGGAACACACAGCAGUUCUGACAAAGAGUGGAGGGGUGUUCACGUUCGGUGCAGGUUCCUGUGGGCAACUGGGACAUGACUCCAUGAAUGAUGAAGUGAACCCCCGAAGAGUUCUUGAGCUAAUGGGCAGCGAAGUAUCCCAGAUUGCUUGUGGCAGACAUCACACUUUAGCCUUUGUGCCUUCUUCAGGAAUGAUCUAUGCAUUUGGGUGUGGAACGAGAGGCCAGCUGGGAACAGGGCACACUUGCAAUGUUAAGUGUCCCUCUCCCGUGAAGGGUCACUGGGCAGCUCACAAUGGGCAACUCUCAGGGAAACCUGAUGCCUGUAAAUAUCACAUUGUUAAACAUAUCUUCUCUGGAGGAGACCAAACAUUUGUGCUUUGCUCCAAAUAUGAGAAUUCCUUGCCUGCUGAUGAUUUCCGGACCAUAAAUGAAACACGUUACACCUGUUUAAUAAAUGAUGAAACUAUAGAUGUCUGGAGGCAAAAGCUUUUAGAAAAGAACAGUUCUAAUUCUGUCAAUAAUGUUGUUCAGAUACUGUCCUCAGCUGCCUGCUGGAAUGGAAGCUUCUUGGAGAAGAAAAUCGAUGAACAUUUUAAAACCAGUCCGAAGAUCCCAGGGAUUGAUCUGAACUCCACCAGAGUGCUGUUUGAGAAGCUGAUGAACUCUCAGCACUCCAUUCUCCUAGACCAGAUACUGAAGAGCUUUGAAAGUUUUUUGAUUCCUCAGCUGUCCAGCUCACCACCAGAUGUCGAGGCAAUGAGGAUCUAUUUGAUUCUCCCCGAAUUCCCACCCUUCCAAGACUCCAAGUAUUAUAUCACAUUAACACUUCCUCUAGCAAUGGCUAUUCUUCGCCUAGAUACCAACCCCAGCAAAGUUCUUGAAAACUGGUGGUCUCAAGUGUGCCCAAGAUAUUUCCUCAGGCUCGUGGACCUCUAUAAAGCCGCAGUGGUUUACCUCCUCAGUGGAAGAAAGACACUGUUGAUCCCAGUCCUGUUCAGUAGCUACAUUACAGCUGCUCUCAGACUUCUGGAGAAACUCCACAAGGUAAAUCAGAAGGUUAAACACGUAGAAUAUGACAAGUUUUACAUCCCUGAGAUUUCCAGUUUGGUGGACAUUCAGGAGGAUUAUCUCAUGUGGUUCUUACAUCAGGCUGGAAUGAAAGUAAGACCAUCCAUCAUGCAGGAUGCUGUGACACUCUGUUCUUAUCCUUUCAUCUUUGAUGCUCAGGCUAAGACCAAGAUGUUACAGACAGAUGCAGAACUACAGAUGCAGGUUGCAAUAAAUGGUGCAAAUUUGCAGAAUGUCUUCAUGCUUUUAACCCUGGAGCCUCUGCUGGCCAGAAGCCCUUUCCUGGUACUUCAUGUUCGCAGGAGUAACUUAGUUGGUGAUGCUUUAAGGGAGUUGAGCAUCCAUUCAGACAUUGAUUUGAAAAAGCCUCUUAAAGUCAUCUUUGAUGGUGAGGAAGCUGUUGACGCUGGAGGAGUGACAAAGGAAUUUUUCCUCCUGUUGUUAAAAGAACUCCUCAACCCCAUCUAUGGCAUGUUCACUUACUACCCAGAGUCAAACCUGCUGUGGUUUUCAGAUACGUGUUUUGUAGAACACAACUGGUUUCACUUGAUUGGCAUCAUAUGUGGUCUUGCAAUAUACAACUUCACAGUGGUAGACCUUCACUUUCCCUUGGCUCUGUACAAAAAACUCUUGAAUGUGAAGCCUUGCCUGGAGGAUUUGAAGGAGCUAUCCCCUACGGAAGGAAGGAGUCUUCAGCAACUUUUAGAUUACCCUGGGGAAGAUGUAGAAGAGACGUUCUGCUUGAAUUUUACAAUCUGCAGGGAAGGCUAUGGUGUGACAGAGCAGAAGAACCUGAUUGAAGAUGGAGAUAAAAUUCUGGUGCAGAAGGACAAUAGGGAAGAAUUUGUUGAAGCCUACGUAAAUUACAUCUUCAACCUCUCCAUCCAUGAGUGGUACACAGCCUUUUCCACUGGCUUCCUGAAAGUGUGUGGUGGGAAAGUCCUGGAACUCUUCCAGCCCACAGAGCUCAGGGCCAUGAUAGUUGGAAACAGUAACUACAACUGGGAGGAACUGGAGGAGAGUGCUGUCUAUAAGGGAGACUACACUGCGACGCACCCAACUGUGAGAAUGUUUUGGGAAACCUUUCAUGCAUUUCCCUUGGAAAAGAAGAAGAAAUUUCUCUUGUUCCUGACGGGCAGCGACCGCAUUCCCAUCUACGGCAUGUCCAGCCUGCGCAUCGUCAUCCAGUCCACCACCAGCGGGGAGCAGUACCUGCCCGUGGCGCAUACCUGCUACAACCUCCUGGACCUGCCCAAGUACAGCAGCAAGGAGAUCCUCAGCGCCCGGCUGGUGCAAGCCAUCGAUCACUACGAAGGCUUUAGCUUAGCUUGA